CUUAGCCACACGCUACCACCCAGGAGGAAACAAGCGUGGUGGUAGAUGGGGAUCGCAGCUGCAGCAGCAGCAAGGUAUUGGAAACACGAGCAACACUUCAAGCUUCACGACAAGCACAACAGGAUCGUCUUCCUGCAGCCAAAUGAAUGCCGCAAAUACACUAGUCGUGACAAGAGAACGAGGC